UUAAUAGUCUGGUUUCAACAGGUCCCUCUCUCUCUCUCUCUCUACAGAAGAAAGUGAUCUCUGUCUCUCUGAGUUUGAAAAUGGCGAAUCCAGCGCUAUCAAAGGGAUGGAUUAAGAACUUGUCUUCAUUAUCUUCACGUGUUUACUUCCUCUUGAUCAUCCUCCAGAUUCCUCUCUUCAGGGUUCCAUGUAAAUCUGGAAUGUGUAUGUCGCCCAUCCACGUGACAUCAUCUCAGUUGAUUUCUAGUGAGAUCUUCCCUGUUCCGAUGAUUAAGGCUCUCCUAUACCCUGGUGCUAUCGUCAAUGGUCUUUCCACCAACAUGACGUUUCCAAAGUGGGAUAAUGUGUUGGAUCUUUACAACCUCACCAUUGUCAAAGAUGCAUCUGCAGUUCCCGAUCUUCAGCGCCUAGAGGUUCUUGCAGGGAGCUACUUCUCUGUAGCUGGGGCCUUUGUGGGUUUGCUAAAGCCUGGUAGGAUGGGAAUGUUUGGAUCGUUGCUGCUAGUUUGGGGUCUUGUCAAAGAAGGGAUCUUAAAGAAGCCAAUGAAUACCGACCCAUCCAGGACAGUUUAUGUGUACCCAACCAUGGUGAUUGCCAUGAUCUGCGCUUUCUCUAUGAUAAAUUAUAACUUGAAGAAAGCUACGAGUGCGGCUCCUGCUCGUCUCAUUGCUAAGCCUCUCAUGAGCUCUUCAAAAUCUAAGCUCAAGUGAGUUUUUUUUUUUUUUUUGUAAAGGACUUGUAGGGCUUCUGUCUUGUCUUUGUUGCCAUUGCCAAAUAGUAGAAUGGCAUUUUUUGCUCUCUGUUACCCUUUGUUGUUUUCUGGGGAUCUGCUCAGUAGUCAGUAUCUUUUAGUAUCAAAAAUCACAUGGAUGCAGUUUUCAAUGAGUUUUGUAUCACCACCACAAGAGGUCACAGUAGAAAGAUCAUGUUAUGUACCAUGUCACCACUUCUAAACUGUUAUUCU